AUGCUUGCUUCUUCGACCCGUGCCGCGGACGGCGUGGAAGACGAUGGCGUCCUGCCCGCGUGCACGCGCGUCCAUGUCUCGGACUCGAAUGAGCGGAGUCCGUGGUCUAGGAAGAUGAUUCUCGCGUUUGAUGGUGGUGGAAUCAAAGGCUACUCGUCGCUGCUGAUCAUGAAGCGCCUGAUGGUGCUGAUAGAGCGGCUGGAGCGCGGGCUCGUGUCGCCCCUUGACCCGGAGCAGACGCCCUUCCCGCGCCACGACUCCAGCGAGGCGUACGCGUGGAACACGAGCGCGGCGGUGCGCUCCAAGGAGCCGCUGCCGGAGGGGCUCUGGCCCGCAGACGACCUGGCGGAGGACGUGGAGCGGACGUUUGCGUACGCGUGCACGCGCUUCAAACCGCAUCAUUACUUCGACUACAUGGCGGGGACGAGCACCGGGGGGCUGAGCGCCAUCAUGUUGGGCAGGAUGGAGCUGAACGUCGAGGACGCCCUGGCCCAUUACCAGACGGUUGGCGACCAGGUGUUUGGGAAACCCCGGUUUUUCCCCAGCCAUGUUCGCGGCAGCAAUGUCAUGCAGUCCAAGUACGCGGCCAGGCAGAUGGAGCAGGCGCUGCAGGAGGUGACGGAGCAGGCGCUGAAGGAGGAGCUGAAGCAGUGGAAGACGACCGCGCACGACGUGCCGUUCGAGAGCGACGCCAACCGCUGCAGGACGAUUGUCGUCGCGCUCGGCGCAAAAGCAACAAACCGCGUCUCCUGGCAGCCGUACCUCUUCCGCAGCUACAACCACCCGCACCCCUCGCCGCUCGCGCACCAAGAGCACAACAAAAGCCACAAGAACCCGGGGCAGGCGCACCGGCACCCGAUCUGGUGCGUCGCGCGCGCAACCUCGGCGGCCCCGACCUUCUUCGAGCCGCAGCGGGCGGGGGACUUCAUCUUCAAAGACGGCGGGCUGGGCCAAAACAACCCCUCGCACCUCGCGUGGGACGAGGUGGUGCAGCUGCACGAGCAGACGCCCGCCUUGCUCCUCUCCAUCGGCACGGGCAAGGCGGCGGAGCCCGCCCCCGGCGCCGCCAAGGCCUGGCUGCCGCGCUUCCUGGAGCGCCUGGGCGAUAACCUGCACCUGAUCGAGCUGCUGCAGAAGAUUGCGACGAGCACGGAAACGACGCAUGAGACGGUGCGCGACAUCCUGGAGGGCAAGGCGGCGUACUUCCGGCUGAACGUGACCCACGGCGUCGGGGACAUGGCGCUGGACGCAUGGGCGCCGAAGCAGGGCGGCAGCAGCACGCGCGCGGCCAUCCUCGCGCACACGAAAGUGUAUCUGCGCCGCGCCGACGUCGACGCCUCGCUCCGCCGCUGCGCCCGCACCCUCGUCGCCGCCCGCCGCCAACGCGCCCGCACCCUCCGCUGGGAGCGCUUCGCCGCCCGCGUCGCCUACUACUGCCCGGAAAUUCCCGCGUGUAGCAAGCAAGGCCGCAUGUUCAGCUCGCGGGACGCGCUGCGCCGGCACGCGCUCGAGGCGCACUCGUUUGUGCGCGAGACGCGGGUGCGCAACGACGCGCGCGUGCGCCUCGCCUGCGUGCUCGACGAGUGCUGCAGCGAGGGCGUGCAUGUCUUUGCGGAGCUGGGCGAGUAUCAGAAGCAUUUGGCGCAGCGGCAUGGCAUUAGCGAGGUCAGGUUCGCGGAUCGCGCGGAGCUGGAGGGCUGGCUUGAUCGGGGCCGUUGGCCCCUUAGAGAGGCGUUUCUGCGCCGCGAGACGGAGCUGCUGCAGGCGAGGGAAGCGGCGCUUGCGGGCCUGGCGGCUUCGAAGGCGGGUACGGCGGGGAAGGAGCUGGAGCUGCGGGACGAGUCGGUGUCUGCGAAGCUGUCGGUGCUGGAUGGUGUGGUGGGGACGGCGGAGGACGCAACGGCCGGCGCAAAUGUCAGCAGCUCGACAUGGCGGCGCAAGCUCUCGCAGAAGACGAAGACGAAGACGACGAGAAGGCGGAAGAACUCGUCACCGCAUCGCGAUCGCGAGCGGGAGGAGCUGAGCGAUGAUAAGGUCGGGGGCAGGCCGGUGGAGGCGGAGGGAGAGGAAGGAGAGGGAAAGGGGGAGGGUGGGGAGGACGAGGGAGCGCCGUUGAAGCCGCAGGUGCCGCGGGCGCGGAAGACGUGCUGAUUUUUAUUCCUUUGCCCGAGGAGAGUUGGGCAGAGUUGUACAUACAUAGCCUCACACAGACAUCUUGAGCAUUUGGAGUAGGAGUAAAGACACGGCAUGGCAUGGCGCAGGAAGGGAAAGGAAAGGUUGGGGGGAAGGGAAGGACAUGCAAAAGAUAUGCCACAACGAAGGAAGGAACGAAAGACUCGUCGGCGAUGGUGGUGGUGAGGUGAGCGAGUGGGUC